AAUGUUUGUUUUUACAUUAAGCCGUGGUUCGAAAUAAGCAGCUUUAAUGUAAUAAUAUAUGAAGAAAGCGCAUAUUUUAAAGUCAUUAUGAUCAUACUUAUAUUAUGAACAAUAUACACGAUAUUUACAUUUUUGUUUGAUUUUACAACUUCAGAUGAUGCUGAAACGUCGACGUAGACCUUCGCCUAACAUCCAUCACAUUUUGAAGUCACUAUAGACAUUCAAUAUUAUGAUUUAAAUUUACAGAAAAUGCGAAUCUUAUAUUUAAAAAAAUAAACUUUAAAUUUUACGACUUAAAUUCUAAGAAAGAUGUCAAUCGUUGAUGAAAAUUAGUUGGUUAAAACGCGCUUAAUACAACAAAUAUACCGUUCAUAUAGGUAAUACAAAAUAACAAUCAUGGGGAAUUAUUUGAGAAAGACAAGACGAAAAACUGAUCAUAGGACGCAUCGAGCAGAAAUAUGUGAUAAUGUGCGGUCGCAUCAGAUGGAUAGACCAAUAGAAAAUAUACAAGGACCUAUUAGAACACAAGAAUCAAGUGAAUUAGUCAGUGACAUAGAGAGACACAUCGAAGACACCACGAAACUUCACCAAGUGUUGGAGAACAAAACACAUGUGGUGGCUACAUACAUGGAAGAACUUGUUGAUCGCAUUGGUGAGGACGUAGAAGCCCACAAGCGAGACUAUGACGCCCAGAAGGCCGAUAUUUUACAGCAGCAGCAGCAGGUGGAUGAAGCCUUCAAAACGGACCUCAAAAACACUUUACUUCAACACCAUAUAACAUCCAAUUCUACCCUUUCGCUGGGGCCGUUCUUUCGUCAUGGUGACUCCCGCCUGGAAGAUUCUUACAUGCCUCCAAGGCUUUUUGAAGUAUUGCAAAAAAUAAAGAUUGAUACCGAGAACCGGGCAACAGAAAACCAGAAAUCUCGUAUUACAUCACUUGAACAGCUACUGACACCUAAUGAUAAAACGAACAAAAUCACAAUCAUAACCGCGAAUGCUGGUGUUGGUAAAACAUCAUUUUGUAAGUUUGUAGCUGUUUUGUGGUGCGCAUUGCAUGACGACCAAACGGAUACAAUCAGCAAAUUUAAAGAGAGGUUUGACAUUCCCUUUACAUCUUUAGAAGACAUACCCUAUCUCCUCUACAUUCCAAUGAGGGAUAUUCCGCCAAUCUGCACCCAUUCCAUAGAAGAAAUCAUCUUCGCUCACUUAGAAAAUGAGAUUGGAUACCAGAGGCAAGACCGAGAAAAACUGGAAAGGGUAUUCAUAGACGAACGUUGUUUGGUCAUCUUAGAUGGAUUGGACGAGGCUUCUUUGUCAACGUUGAACUCACCAAUGGCAAACCGGAAGUACAGCAUAAUUAUAACAUGCCGCCCAUGGAAACUCGCAGAUAUGGCAUUGCCGAAGUACAUGCAUGUUAGUAUUGACGAUCUCAGCCAAAUUUCACAAAAACAGCUGUUUAAACACGUGAAUCAAAUCUUAAACAUUUUUUACGGGACAAAGUUUGAAGUUGAAGACUUCUUUGCCACUUUACAAACACUGAAACUGCAGUCACUUUCCUCCAACACGCUCGUGGGACUCCAACUGUACUGCGUCUGGCAAGACCGACAUAUGGACGACGAAACACCAGAAAAUAACAAAACUAGUGUAACGCUUGGGCCAACAAGAUCACACAUCUAUGCAGAUAUAUUGGAAAUGAUGUUCAGCUUAGUAAACAACAAAAGCAAUGACAACUCAGAACGUCCACAAACACCACCUCCCACACAAAGGCCUCUUCCUACAUGUUUUGAGGGACGGAAGCUGUGUAAAGCAAAAUCCUCUUUGAUUUAUGAAACAGGAAAGAUUGCUUUUGAGAUGUUAAUUAACUCGAAGAACGAUUUUAACGAGGCAACCAUGAAUUCGUUACAAGAUGAGCAAUUUCUUUUAGAUUCAGGACUGAUCUCAGCCGAUAGGUCACACAAGUGCAGUAUUGAAAGCAAAGUGUACCGAUUUCUACACAAAACCUAUCAGGAAAUGUUAGCAGCAUUAUAUAUUUCGUCACUGGAUUUCAAGAGUGAAGACUGGCUUGCGUUUGAGAACAACUUCAAUACUGCGUUUUCACCGGACUUAAUGUCCUUUCUGUGCGUGAUGAAUUACGAGCAGGGCCGUCGAUGUUCGGAAAUGUUCGGCGACAUGGAGCGGAAGUUUAACAGAGAAGAUACAUUUUAUAUAAGUGAGAUCAUCGAGUACCAAGAGGCCGUGCUAUUAGCUUACAACGAAUGUGUGAACAAUGGUGUGUCAAAUCCGCAACUUACGUUAAGGCAUGCAUACCUAGAUAGGGAAACAAAUGCGUCAAAUAAUCCACUGUUGCAACACAGCCGUAAUGGAUUGAAGUCGUGCGCUAUUGAAUGUUCCGAAGAAUACCCAGUUAACAUCAGCAUGACAGGCAUGGAACAACUGAACACAUUAUGUAUAUCCAGUGAAAAUGAGAACGAUGCUUAUCCACAAACUAUUCCAACAUGUUCUUUAAACAAAUUAACAGUCCUGUGUCUGUUCAAUUUGUACAUAGAAAAUGACAACCUACACCUGGCAUCAUGUGAGAAUCUUAAAAUUUUGGUUCUGAAUAACGUCCACCUCCAGCAUAUGACUAUCGCCCCGGCACAGCUGGAGAAGUUCUGGGUCUACAUCAAUGAUGACAUGCUGGAGAAGACACCCCCAAUGGAGGUGACAUUCGCACACGGGGAACAGUUUACAGAGAAAUUACGACAGCUCAGUCUGAUAAACGUUACUUUUAAUGAAACCCUUAAUAUACGGCAGUGUGAUAAACUACAAAAACUGCUGCUGGACACAUUAACAUUUCCUGACGACUUCCACCUGGACCUUCCCUCAUUCACGGACCUCACUGAAGUAAGACUAAAUAACCUCAAUCUCCACCAUGUGACCAUAGCCCCGGCCCAGCUGGAGGAGUUCUGGGUCUACAUCAAGGAUGACAUGCUGGAGAAGACACUCCCAAUGGAGGUAACAUUCGCACAAGGAGAACAGUUUACAGAGAAAUUACGAGAGCUCAGUCUGAUAAACGUUACUUUUAAUGAAACCCUUAAUAUACGGCAGUGUGAUAAACUACAAAAACUGCAGCUGGCCACAUUAACAUUUCCUGACGACUUCCACCUGGACCUUUCCUCAUUCACGGACCUGACUGAAGUAACACUACACAAUCUCCGUCUCCACCAUGUGACCAUAGCCCCGGCCCAGGUGGAGAAGUUCUGGGUCUACAUCAAGGAUGACAUGCUGGAGAAGACACCCCCAAUGGAGGUAACAUUCGCACAAGGAGAACAGUUUACAGAGAAAUUACGAGAGCUCAGUCUGGUCAACGUUACUUUUAAUGAAACCCUUAAUAUACGGCAGUGUGAUAAACUACAACAACUGCAGCUGGCCAUAUUAACAUUUCCUGACGACUUCCACCUGGACCUUUCCUCAUUCACGGACCUCACUGAAGUAAGACUACACAAUCUCCGUCUCCACCAUGUGACCAUAGCCCCGGCCCAGGUGGAGAAGUUCUGGGUCUACAUCAAGGAUGACAUGCUGGAGAAGACACCCCCAAUGGAGGUGACAUUCGCACGCGGGGAACAGUUUACAGAGAAAUUACGAAAGCUCAGUCUGGUCAACGUUACUUUUAAUGAAACCCUUAAUAUACGGCAGUGUGAUAAACUACAAAAACUGCAGCUGGACACAUUAACAUUUCCUGACGACUUCCACCUGGACCUUUCCUCAUUCACGGACCUCACUGAAGUAACACUACAGAAUCUCCGUCUCCACCAUGUGACCAUAGCCCCGGCCCAGGUGGAGGAGUUCUGGGUCUACAUCAAGGAUGACAUGCUGGAGAAGACACCCCCAAUGGAGGUGACAUUCGCACGCGGGGAACAGUUUACAGAGAAAUUACGAAAGCUCAGUCUGGUCAACGUUACUUUUAAUGAAACCCUUAUUAUACGGCAGUGUGAUAAACUACAACAACUGCAGCUGGCCAUAUUAACAUUUCCUGACGACUUCCACCUGGACCUUUCUUCAUUCACGGACCUCACUGAAGUAAGACUACUGAUUCUCCGUCUCCACCAUGUGACCAUAGCCCCGGCCCAGGUGGAGGUGUUCUGGGUCUACAUCAAGGCUGACAUGCUGGAGAAGACACCCCCAAUGGAGGUGACAUUCGCACGCGGGGAACAGUUUACAGAGAAAUUACGAGAGCUCAGUCUGGUCAACGUUACAUUUAAUGAAACCCUUAAUAUAAGGCAGUGUGAUAAACUACAACAACUGCAGCUGGCCAUAUUAACAUUUUCUGACGACUUCCACCUGGACCUGUCCUCCUGCACGGACCUCGCUGAGAUCUAUUUUGUGAACAUUCGUCUCCUGCAUGUGACCAUCGCCCCGGCCCAGCUGGAGGUGUUCUUUGUAACUAUCAAUAAUCAGAUGCGGAAGAAGACACCGCCUAUGGAGGUGACAUUUGCAAAUGGUGAACACUUUACAAAGAAACUACGAAAGCAAAAAAUGAACAAUGUUAUUUUAAAAACAACCCUUGAUAUACCAGAGCUUGAUAAACAACACAAUCUCCGCCGUACCACAUGUAAAUAAUCGUAAAAGAUAAACGUGAGAUUAAUUUAUUUGAAAAAUGCUAAGGGUAGGUAAUCUGGGCGUUAUCAGUAUAAAUGUCAUUUUCUUGAACAAUAUUUUUUAUUAAUAUACCCCACGGUUACAUCAGUUGAAUAGCUAAGAUGUGUGCAAGUUAUCAAAUAUAACUUAAACAUUUUAAGAAAAUGAAUUUACUUUUCUUUUUAACUUCGUAAAGUUGCACUCUCACAGAUUAACCAUUUUUACAAUUUUUUAAUUUUUUGUCUUGGAAAGAGCAAAUUUUUACGUAAAUAUCUGCAAACCAAUGAUAAAAGAAUGCUGACAAAUGAUCGGAUCGCAGAUUUGCAUAUUUCCGUUCGAAAAUUAAUGUUUAAUGGCUUUAACCUUACUAACUGUUAAAGUAAAAUGCAUAAAACCUUAACCUAAAUCUGAGAUCUAAUAUUUUUCCAGCAGUCUUAUAUAACUGGUUUCCAUGGAUUUUCGCAAAAUUUGGCUCGUUCCAAGACAAAAAAAGUUGUCAAAACGUUCAAUCUGUGAGAGUGCAGCUUUAAAUAUGUUAUUCAUAUCUUGUAAAUAUUUUGAUUUCUUAUUUAAUUAAACAUUGUUUUACCCCGUGAAUCACAAACCUAGGAACAGCUUUGCUUAAAUGUGUAUUAUUAUAUCAAAAGACAUAUUUUGUGCAAAUAGUUUGUUUGAUCAAGUGGAAUACUUUAGAUAAACAUAAAAUGUUCGUGAUAUUGUAUAUAACUACUCGGGUUUAUGAAAGAAAUACUUACUGUGUAAAUGUGAGGAUAAUUCGAAUACCUGGCCGAUUGUUCGGAACAUUGUUCAAGUUAACAACGUUGUUAACGUAAGCGCUUACGUUCAGAUCGUUGCUGCUCUGAAAAUCUAAAGGAUUUAAUCGAUGUCUGCUGUAUAUCUUAAAAAAGAUUUAAGACCGCCCAAGCAGCUGUAUGCUAUAUAUUUCAUAUAAAUACGCGAGCACAUAAUGAAAUAGUUAUUUUUUAAACGUUAUUAUCAAUGUCGUAAAUCACAUUGAUUACUUCGACAAAGUUCUGAACAAUCGAGCCAUUGUUUACAACACCAGUGAUAAUCAAUGUUGUAUAGACUAAAAAGGUCAUCAAUAGUACAUUGUGUACAUAUAUAACUAAAAGUUGUAACAAUAUUCAUUAACAUUGAUAGUUUUAGCAAUAUUCAUUAGCAUCCUAAUUAUGACGUAAUGCAUAAACAAAUCUUUGCAACCUAAUGGUGGAUGGCUUACCUAAAUGGACUCACACUUUUUUUGCAUCCUUAUUAUGGAUGGCUUUCCUUAAUGUACUAACACAUCUACGCGUCCCUAUGAUACUAGAUUGUUUGCCUUAAUGUACUAACACAUCUUUGCAUCCUUAUGAUGGAUGGCUUACCUUAAUUCACUAACACAUCUUUGCAUCCUUAUUAUGGGUGGCUUACCUUAAUGCACUAACACAUUUUUGCAUCCUUAUUAUGGGUGGCUUACCUUAAUGCACUAACACGUCUUUGCAUCCUUGUUAUGGGUGGCUUACCUUGAUGCAAUAACACGACUUUAAAUCCUUGUUAUGGGUGGCUUACCUUAAUGCAAUAACACGUUUUUGCAUCCUUGUUAUGGAUGGCUUACUUAAAUGCAAUAACACGUCUUUGCAUCCUUAGUAUGAGGGCUUACCUUAAUGCAAUAACACGUCUUUGCAUCCUUGUAAUGGGUGGCUUACCUUAAUGCACUAACACGUCUUUGCAUCCUUGUUAUGGGUGGCUUACCUUAAUGCACUAACACGUCUUUGCAUCCUUGUUAUGGGUGGCUUACCUUAAUGCACUAACACGUCUUUGCAUUUUAAUGAUGGGUGGCUUACCUUAAUGCACUAACACGUCUUUGCAUCCUUAUGAUGGGUGGCUUACCUUAAUGCACUAACACGUCUUUGCAUCCUUAUUAUGGGUGGCUUAGCUUAAUGCACUAACACAUAUUUGCAUCCUAAUGAUGGAUGGCUUACCUUAAUGCACUAACACAUCUGUGCAUUCUAAUGAUGGGUGGCUUACCUUAAUGCUCUAACACGUUUUUGCAUCCUUAUUAUGAGUGGCUUAGCUAAAUGCACUAACAAAUAUUUGCACCCUUAUGAUGGAUGGCUUAUCUUAAUGCACUAACACCUCUUUGUAUCCUAAAGAUGGAUGACUUAUCUAUUGGCUUACCAUUAUGCACUUACACGCCUUUUUAUCGUAUUAAAGGAUGGCUCACCUUAAUGCAAUAAUACAUCUUUACAGCUCGAUGAUGGGUUACUUACCUUAAUGCACUAACACGGCUUUGCAAUCGAAUAUUAGAUAGCUUACCUUAAUACAUUAACACUUCUUUGCAGCAUUAUGACGGAUGGCUUACCUUAAUACAUGAACACUUCUUUGCAGCAUAAUGACGGAUGGCUUACCUUAGUUCACUCACACCUCUUUGCAGCAUAAUGACGGAUGGCUUACCUUAAUGCAUGAACACAUCUUUGCAGCAUAAUGAUAGAUAGCUUACCUUAGUUCAUACACACAUCUGUGCAGCCUUAUGAUUGAUGAUUAACCUUCAUGUUGUUCUAAAAAACGAAUUCGCAUAGAUACCGUCCACGCAAAUAUGGCUGAAACUAGUUCUGUCACUUUUAAACAAUGAAAUCUAAAGAAGUGAUGAAAGUGUUUGAAAACGAAAACUAUUGACAUAUCAAUGUAUAUUUACAUGUAUUUUGUUUAGAAUCGACAAUUAUAUGUCCAUUAGAAUUUGCCAUAUAGUUCGCUAUAUGCUAUCUCUUUGGUGUAAUUCUCUGUAGAUUAUGUUUGCCAUGAACUUUAAAUUAUGCAUGUAUUCACAUUAAUUGUUGGAUCUCAUGUAGAUGGUAGAUAUUGUCAAUAAUAUUGUAAUUUUCAUUACGAACCUAUGUUUAAUAACAUUGAUCAGAUGGUCAUCUAUUAAGACGUCAUUUCAUAUGUAAAACACUUAACAGUGUACUUAUUGUCAAGGAAUCUAUUUUUCAUGUAUUGUGCUUGCAUUUUAUCAUGAUUUUAUUUAUAAUUUAGUAGAAUGUAAAUUUGAAGAUGAAGCAUAUGUUUCAUCUGUUAUGAUAAAAGAAGGAACUUUAACAAACGGGUUGAUUUUCGUCGGUUAAAAGUGGUCACAAUGUGAUCACAGUCACUUAGAAUUUCUAAACCAAACAUCUAUUUAAUGAGUGGUCAACAUUUUGUUUUGUCCUCUGAAAAGGAAAUACUUCUCAAGUGUUCUGAUUUUUCUGACAUUUAUUUCAGUAAAUAAGCAGUUUGAUUUUUAUCAGAUAAGGCGGUAAAAAUGAAAAUUGACCGGUCAAGAAAGUGGGUAGUUUACAAAAUAGUAUGUUGACCACUAAAAUAUUUUAUAUGUUCUUAUGUUUGUAAUUACGUUCUAACAAUUAUUAACCAUUACAUAAUCAGUAAAUAUCUCUUUACUUUACAACGAAAUGGACAUGAGCAUGAGUCAUAUAGUUGUUUAUUUGUGUCUUUUUUGAACACAUGAGGUAUUUGUA